UGCGGUGUAACACCAACAACACUGUCGAUCGGGCCUACCAUUGGUUUGGAAUUAUUGGUUAUUUGGCUGGAUCAGUACAUUUGGUCGGGCAGUCGCAGUUAGUUGGAAGCAGACUGAACUGAGAAUAUACACUUAUAUCAUCGGGGGAUUUAAUACAACGGCAAUUCCAGCCAACUGAUCGAGUUACUCGCUACACCUAUACUAAGUAUUUGCAUUCCAGACAUGAAAUUCUCCCAAACCAAGGAAGAAAACUGGAAUUUUUCUAGUGUAGUGGAGGGGUUAAGAGAUCUUUACGACAGAAGACUGAAGCCUUUGGAAGUGACAUAUUUGUUCCCACAGUUUCAUUCACCAACACUUGAUGCAGGGGAAUUUAGUUCCAAACCAAUGAUUCUUCUUUUGGGUCAGUAUUCUACAGGCAAGACCACGUUUAUCAAAUACCUUCUAGGAUCCGCCUUCCCGGGUAUGCAUAUUGGCCCAGAGCCGACAACCGACAGAUUUAGUGUUGUUAUGUCUGGGGAUGAAGGCAUUAUUCCUGGGAAUGCUCUUGUUGUCGACGCCCAAAAACCUUUUCGCCCUCUUUCGAAAUUCGGAAAUAACUUUCUGAACCGCUUUCAAUGUUGCCAAAUUCGGAAUCCUGUUCUGGACAGCAUAGUCAUUAUUGAUACACCUGGUAUAUUAAGUGGUGAAAAACAAAGGUUAGAUCGUGGUUAUGACUUCACAGCUGUUGUUCAGUGGUUUGCAGAACAUGUUGACAGAAUAAUCCUACUUUUCGACGCUUAUAAACUCGAUAUAUCAGAUGAGUUUAGGCGAGUGAUAGAAUCUCUCAGAGGUUAUGACGACAAAGUCCGUAUUGUUCUUAAUAAAGCUGAUAUGAUUGAUGCACAACAAUUGAUGCGCGUUUAUGGAGCAUUAAUGUGGGGUCUUGGUAAAGUAUUAGGGACUCCGGAGGUUGUUAGAGUAUUUAUCGGGUCAUUUUGGGACCGACCACUGCGCUAUGACGUUAACCGUCACUUAUUUGAGUUGGAGUCACAGGAUUUAUUUAAAGACCUUCGAAGUUUGCCUUCUAACGCGGCCAUGCGAAAACUAAAUGAUAUGAUACGACGAGCAAGGCUAGCUAAAGUACAUGCCUACAUAAUUGGUCAUCUUAAGAAACAGAUGCCUUCAAUCCAGAUAUAUGAUUCUAUUUCACGUUUACACCAUAUAUCUUCUGGCGACUUCCCUAAACUCUCUCAUAUGCAGAGUAUUUUGAGUGAACAGGAUUUUACAAACUUCCCCUCUCUUAAAGAAAGGCUUAUUGAACAAGUCGACGUUAUGUUAACCCAGGAGAUCCCUAAAUUAAUGCAGAUGAUACCAAUUGAACAAACAGCGGCUGUUCAACAGGGUAAAAGUUUAAUCAAAGGAGGAGCUUUCAACGAUAGUGUAAUUGAUAGUCCAUUUACGGCAGAUGCUGAUAUGGCUAUUAAUCGUGGACGAUAUAGUGAUAAGUCGGCUUUAGAGGACGAUAAAGAUGAGCUCAUAAAAGAAUUUGAAAGUCUUCAACCAGUUGAUGGUCUCCUUUGUGGAAGCGGACGAUUAAAAGCGAAAUUGAUGGAAUCUCAUUUACCUAAUAUUACAUUAAGUCGUAUAUGGAAACUUUCAGACAUUGAUAAAGACGGUUAUCUUGAUAUCGAUGAAUUCAUUGUUGCUAAGCGUUUGGUCAACAUAGCUGUUAACGGUGGUGAAAUUCCAGAAACUCUACCAGGGCACUUAAUCCCACCUAGUAAACACAAAUAUAUUUCACCAACUAUAAAUGGUAUAGGUGAUUAUAAUGAAACAAAAUAUUAA